AUGGCACCUCAUUCAUCUCAGAGUGUACUAGAUGAAAAUGAGCGUAUUUUUGCGGAACUGCUGCGGGCACUAGAGAGGAGGCACGGAGAAGUGAAGGAGAUGAUCCGAGCCCAGGAAACCCUUCUGCUGACACGUGCAGAGGGACACCUGGCCAGGCUGGAGGAGGAGAUUACAUUACUGAGAAAGAAGCAUAAUGACCUGGAGCAGCUGUCCCAAUCCGACGAUCAUAUUCAUUUCUUACAGAGCUGGCAGUCUCUUUCUGCUCCUUCUGGAUAUGAAGACUUGUCCAAGGUGACAUUAGCCCCUCAUCACACUUUUGACAAUGCAAAGAAAGCCAUCUUUGACCUGAAAGUGCAAUUAGAAGACAUAAGCAAAGAAGAACUGAACAAAAUCUCAUCUGCAGUGAAGGAGGUUAAAAUUCUCCAGACUCUGGACCCUGCAAAAAGGGAGGAGUUUUUAGAAUAUUCCUGUCAGCUCUCAAUGGAUCCUUCAACAGCUCAUCCAAACCUGCACCUGUCAGACAGAAACACAGUUGUGCGGAUGAGCAACGAGCCAAAGUCGUACCCGGAGCAUCCCGAUCGCUUCGAAUACUGGCAGCAGGUGCUGUGUAAGGAGGGUCUGGCCGGCGGUCGCUACUACUGGGAAGUGGAGUGGAGUGGCACAGAAAUAGACAUCGCUGUGACUUACAGGGGGAUUCAGAGGAAAGGAAAUGACAACGCUGGCAGCUUUGGGGGGAAUGACAAGUCUUGGAGUUUGUACUGCUCUGAAUCCAAGUACUCUUUUGUACAUAACAGCAAAAGCACAACUAUACCUGUCCCCAAUUCCUCCAGGAUAGGGGUGUAUGUAGAUUACGAGGCUGGAACAGUGGCGUUUUACAGUGUGUCUGACACCAUGAAGCUAUUGCACAAGGUUCAAGCUAAAUUCACUGAGCCUCUGUACCCUGGCCUUGGAGUCUGGGGAUAUAGGAGUACAGUACGGCUGUAAUUAUAGAGUAAAGUGUUCAUCAGAAUGUGGUUCUCCCAUAUGCAUUGUAUCUUAUUUAUCAUAGUCAAUUCAGUGAGAACAGGAAGUGAGCUACUUUCUUUCCCUGGGCAUUUCAAAUAUGAAUCACUGACAGUCAUUCUGAUGUAUAGGCCUAUAUAUCAGUGGCUAUAUAAACAUCAGUUUUCACUAUCAGCAGUGGGCGAUCCUUAAAAAAAAACAUUUUUUAUGUGUAAUGCAUAAAUUAGCUUAUUGAUUGAUUUAUUUAGUUAUUUCUUUGUUCAAAAUGCUUGCAGCACUCUGAACCCCAUGAGAAACACAGAGA